AUGGCAUCUCCAGGCUCCGAGGUGGUCGUGACAGGCUGUGACAAGGAGGAUCAGCCUUUGGGCAACUUGGAAGCAUUUGAUGGGCCACACGGAUGCACCAUUUGGGCGCUCUGCAGCGCUUUGGCUGCGGAGGUCUUGAGAUGCUUUCGUCUGAUGGAACUGCAGGUUUUAACAGAGUUGCGGCUGCUGCGACCUGGAAGCUCCAUGGAGGUGGACAAUGGCGGCUUGUUGCCUGACAACCGUCGCGAGGUAUCCUUCCGCUUCUUCGUUCCAGUUGAUGGAAGGCCUCCAGGACCAGACGCCACCCUAGCGUUGCACACGAAGGACCGCGAGCUUGCAUUGUCCCAUACGAUUCAGGCUGGACGAGCCUUUGCUUGGUGGAGCCGCCAGACCUUUCACCAGCUACUAGGAGGUGACGGCUACUUUGCUAUUUGCUGCUGGGCCGUGGUGCUCCAAAAGCCUGAUAUGCGUGGAACCUCGUGA